GGGCGCUUCACGGAAACUACACCUUCCCUCAGUUCUACCGCACACGGUGCUUUGAGCAGGAAGUAUCCAUCAUGGAACUCAACUACGACGUUCUCAUACACAUACUUGAUGUUAUUGACCAAGCAGAUUACUACGCAACGCUUUAUGCUUGUUCCCUGGUGAACCACACGUUCAAUCAGGCUGCCUCAAGGCUCCUGUAUCGAAAAGUCGUCUUGGAGCCUCAAUGGACGAGCACCAUACGUCUUGGUCGAAGGGAGCAGAAACUUAAUGGAUUGUUCGUAUCCGCUCGUCUACCCCACAAUGCACCGCAUGUUGUAGACCUCCGCAUUGCAGGAUACCUCGAGGACCGACCACCACCCAUAAAUACAUUUCCAGACCUCCUCUGCCACGCACUCGGGCAAUGGACCAACCUCCGAUCAUUCACUUUUGCUCCAUUGGAAUAUCCUGAUGUAUUGAUAACACAAACAUUGGAUUCACUACCACUAUGCGAUUCUUUGCGAUCCCUGACAGUAGGCUCCCCCUGUUGCUCAGAGGAUGCUGCUCCGUUACUCGUACAAGUGGAAAGCCUGGAGUCUCUCACUAUCGAGAACCCAAGCCGAGCUAUACUGAAUAUUAUGCCCGACUGGUUGAACAGGCUAUCUGGGACUUUGACAACAUUGCGGUUUCGGGAAAACUGUGGCUCGAUUACUCCAGGCGUAUUGCGUUCCUUUACGCCUCACAUGCCAAAUGUACACACAUUUGCGCUCGGACUCUCCUAUUCCCUUACACAUGACGACGUGUUCUCUUUUCUGCAGAAUCAUAGUAAUUUGCAGAGUCUUGAGCUACGUUACUACUUGCAAUUACGCAAAAUCUCCACAAGUCUCAAGCUUCCACGCCUGAGGACACUGGUCGUCCGCCAUACACAUGUUUCAGACAAACGUGAAGCGUCUCACCUUACCAAAUUUAUCCAUCGCCUAUCCACACAUUCGCCCCUUGAAAGUCUUCACCUCGUUUGUGACUCAAGUGGACUCCGAUUAUCUACCACUGCUUUCGAUGGAUUGGCUGAUCACCUUGGCUCAAGACACGCCGAUACCUUACGUGUCCUUUAUAUGCCAUCUAAUUUUCUCCGGUUGAAAGCAUUUCGAGACCUCUGCGUGAGGUGUUAUCGGUUGGAGGAACUCGCGGUCGCGGUCCAGCAUGACGUUCUUUGGGAUCUCCCACGAUUGUCCGAACCCUUAGACCGGUUAUAUUUGGUCUCUCUCACAUUCCCUCAUUCUAAACCCAACAAAACGAUUGUCAAUGCAGACAAGGUUGCAGAACUCCUGGUUCAUGGAAAACGGAGCCUUCGUCGACUUGCUAUCAACCAUAAACAAUGGGAGGGCUAUUGGUCUACUUCUGAAGACGGGAGUGUCAAAUUCUUUGUUCAGCCGGUACCUCCUUUUAGAGCACCUUGGGAAAGAUGAACUCUGCCUCAAUUGAAGGAUAUGUGAAAAGCGGCUCUAUCAAAGGAUACUGUAAGGGGUCGAGAAUACACAAGUGCACUAAUGACCAGCGUUCUCCUCCGUUGCGCCUUCCGCUUCUCUUUGACGUCCCAGACGAAUUCUGAAUAUGCAGGCUAGCAUCAAUGACCUGAACCAUGUUUUGCCGAUGGAAACACGUACUGGUUGCGAGCACUCACAGCCCUCAUCGUUCGUUCCUUCUCCUCGUCAGUCAUCCUGUGCCAAUUGGCAAUCCGAGACAGUGUCUACGCGGAGAUCAGCCCCUGCAGCCAAUGAGAUUGUCGUGUCACAAGACUCACCCCGUCGGUGUUCACCACCAUCGGCCCUAGAGUAUCAAACUUGACCGUAUAGUCAGAGCCUAUAUUCACCUUGAUGGCGCCAGAACUGUCCACGUCUUGAGGUGCGGGAAGGUAAUGAAUUUCCCGUUCCUCCUCUCCAGGGACCUCAGGUCGGGCGUUGCUCAUGGUAGAUUAUGGUGUUCAGUGAGACCUAUAGAGAUACGAAUGCGAUGUUGUCGAAGUCCCAGUACGUGUUCGUUGCCAAACUUGAAUUUAUUCUAGGUUGUUUAGAUACUUAUAAUGUCUGACGGUACUAUGAAGUCACCUCUUUCGGUUAUCGUCCAGAGGGAUCGAGAGU